AUGGUCGCCUGGUGGUCCUUAUUUCUUUACGGUCUUCAGGUCGCGGCCCCUGCUUUGGCUGCAACACCUGCCGACUGGCGAUCGCAAUCCAUUUAUUUCCUUCUCACAGAUCGAUUUGCAAGGACGGAUGGGUCGACGACUGCGGCUUGUAACACUGAGGAUCGGAAAUACUGUGGUGGAACAUGGCAGGGCAUCAUCGACAAGCUGGAUUAUAUCCAAGGAAUGGGCUUCACAGCCAUCUGGAUCACCCCCGUUACCGGCCAGCUGCCCCAGAACACCGCAUACGGGGACGCCUACCAUGGUUACUGGCAGCAGGAUAUAUACUCCCUGAACGAAAAUUACGGCACAGCAGAUGACUUGAAGGCUCUCUCUUCGGCCCUUCAUAAGAGGGGCAUGUAUCUGAUGGUCGAUGUGGUUGCUAACCAUAUGGGCUAUGAUGGAGCGGGAGCCUCAGUUGAUUACAGCGUGUUCAAGCCGUUCAAUUCCCAAGAAUACUUCCACUCAUUCUGUCUCAUUCAAAACUAUGAGGACCAGACCCAGGUUGAGGAUUGCUGGUUAGGAGAUAAUACUGUCUCCUUGCCCGAUCUCGAUACCACUAAAGAUGAAGUGAAGAAUGAAUGGUACGACUGGGUGGGAACAUUAGUAUCAAACUACUCCAUCGAUGGUCUCCGUGUCGACACAGUGAAACACGUCCAGAAGGACUUCUGGCCGGGGUACAACAAAGCUGCAGGCGUGUACUGCAUCGGCGAAGUCCUCGACGGUGAUCCGGCAUACACAUGUCCCUACCAGGAUGUCAUGGACGGCGUACUGAACUACCCGAUUUACUACCCACUCCUCAACGCUUUCAAAUCAACCUCUGGCAGCAUGAACGACCUCUACAACAUGAUCAACACCGUCAAAUCUGACUGUCCAGACUCAACGCUCCUGGGCACAUUCGUCGAGAACCACGACAACCCACGGUUCGCUUCGUAA